GAUAUACCUUCACAAGCCAUCCUCCUCGCGACCAGGUGCCGUGCUUCUCGCUAGGGUUUCCAGCGCUUCUUCGUUCUAAUCUUUCCUCUUCGAUUAGGGUUUGCUUUGGGUUUGGCUUGGCACGAUGAGGCCGGUGUUCUGUGGAAACCUCGACAAUGAUACUCGCCAUUCGGACCUUGACCGGCUCUUCUCUAAGUAUGGAAGGGUAGAUCGCAUCGACAUGAAGUCCGGAUAUGCAUUUGUUUAUUUUGAUGAUGAACGGGAUGCAGAAGAUGCCAUACACAGGCUUGAUGGUAUACCUUUUGGUUAUAGUAGACGCAAGCUGUCAGUUGAGUGGUCAAGGCAAGGAGAACGGGGGCGGGAACGUGAUGGUUCUAGACCUGCAGCAAAUACAAAGCCUACAAGAACCUUGUUUGUCAUCAAUUUUGAUCCAAUUCGUACUAGAGAUAGAGAUCUUGAAAGACAUUUCGAACCUUAUGGGACAAUUACUAAUGUUCGAAUUAGAAGGAACUUUGCAUUUAUUCAGUUCAAGACUCAGGAAGAAGCAACCAAAGCCCUUGACAACACCAACAUGAGCAAGAUAUUGGACAGGAUGGUGACAGUCGAGUACGCAUUCAGGGACGACGAUGCUGGAGAUCAUGACCCGCGUGAUAGCCCAAGAAGAGGUGGUGGUGGUGGUAGGCAUGAAGAUAGAUCCUAUGGACGCUCAGACAGUCCUGUAUACCGAAGGGGCCGUCCAAGCCCUGACUACAGUCGAGCUAGGAGUCCUCAAUAUGACCGGUAUGAUGGUCCCUCGUAUGGCAGGAGCAGGAGUCCCGAGUAUGGUCGUAGUCGGAGGUGAGGACAGCAAAAUUUUCUUGAACCAGGUCCUUAUGCGUCACAAGCCCCAUCCAGUUUGUGAUUUUUUUUUCUUUCUGGUUUUGCUUCCAUCAUGUUCUAUUGCUGACCUCUGAAACCAAUCUGCAUAUUCUGGUUCGCAGUCAUUCUCCUCUUUGUGGUAACGACAGCAUUUUAUAAGGUUUCAGGAUGAUCCUUGCCUAUUGUAUUUCUAUUUCUUGAACACUCUCAAUAGUAGUAGCAAUUGUUGCUAGACAUGAACAUGAUGUUGUACCAGCAUGACUCAUCUUUAUUCCUCCUUUGGCAGUUGUUUCCUUAACUUAGUUGAAGUGUAGUAGUGUCUGGAAAUGUUUUGUUGAAUCAGAUGAAAUAUUUUGGGUCGA